AUGUGGCAAAAGAUUUAUCUCCUCACUGGUGCAAACCGGGGCAUCGGUCUCGGUCUGCUCAAAAUCCUGAUCUCCCGUGAACACACCUUGGUCAUCGCCGGCGUUCGCGACCCAGACUCAGCAUCCGCAAAAGCCCUCCUCGAUCUUCCCACCGCUGGCUCCUGCACCAAAGUCAUCCUCUCCAAAAUCGAAGUCUCAUCACAAGAGUCCAUCAAAGCCGCGGUCAAAAAGCUAACCGAGGAAGACGGCAUCGAAAGAAUCGACGUCCUGAUUUCUAAUGCUGGUAUCGCGAAUUAUUACGGCCCGGCUGCUAUCACUCCGCUUAAGGAAGUGAGAGAGCAUUUUGAGGUUAAUGCUGUAGGAACGCUUUCGUUGUUUCAGGAAACUUGGCCGCUUUUGGAGAAGUCUGAGAGGCCGGUCUUUAUGGCGCUUUCGACCGGCGUUGGUUCAAUUGGUGAUAUGGAGAGUAUGCCACUCAAGAGCACUGCCUAUGGCGCAAGUAAAGCAGCUUUGAAUUAUAUGAUGCGCAAAAUCCAUCUCGAGUACCCCAACUUGAUCGCUUUCCCGAUCAGUCCUGGAUGGGUUCAAACUGAGAUGGGGAAUCAUGGUGCGAAGUCUCAUGGAAUGGAGACUGCGCCGACUACUUUGGAUGAGUGUGUUGCUGGUGUAAUUGGCAAGCUUGAUGGUGCGACGAGAGAGGAGACUUCUGGUAACUUUAUCAGCUAUGAUGACACGAAGUUUGGGUGGUAA